AUGCCUCCUCCCUCGCGGCGACGCGGGGGUGGGAGCGGAGUGGACGCGCCUUCCUCCCCGCGCGCUGACGGCGGCGCGGCGGGCAAGCGCGCACAGGCGCACAGGGCGGCGCACCUCCCGCACCGGGGGAAGGCUGCCCCGACAAACCUGGCGUGGAAUGCGGCGGUUCUUGCGCUGGUGCUGGCUGCGGGAUGCGCGGCGGCGGUGAUCGUCGUGCUGACGUGGGGCGAGGCGCUCUUCGGGCCCUCCGAGAAGCAGCGCCAUCUCACGCCGCUCAACGCGCCGCGCGUGGCGGAUCUCCCCAUGUUCAAGGGCGGGUAUGCGGAGGAGAUGCUGUGGGGAACGUACCGCCCGCAACUCUACCUCGGCAUUCGCCCACGCCUGCCCCAGUCGGUGGUGGCGGGCGUGAUGUGGUGGGCGCCGAGGCAGGACGACUUUGUGAUCCGCCACGUGUGUGAGCAGCACGACCCCGUCUUGCACUCCUACUCCUGGAUGCGCCACGACGCCCGCCGCUACGCGCGCCAGGAGGUGAAGGACGGUCCGUUCGACCUGAGCAUGGCGUUCCUCAAGUCUCUCAACGGCAGCACGGGGUACGGUGGUGACUGGGCCGUGCGCGUGGCCGUUGACCUCAACCGUGAGAGGGUGGGCGGCACAGUCAACGCCCAGUCAAUGCCCUUCACCUUCUUCUUCUACGUGGCGGACGAGGCGGGCGCGCCGCUGCUGGCAGUGCCGUCGCCCCCCGAGGUGGCCCGCCUCGUGCUGCACCCCGCCGCUGCUGCUGGGGGGGGUGGGAGAGAGGGUAUGCCACCUGUGCACCCUGGGCAUUGUGUGUGUUGCACUCACGCUUCCCACUGCUGCCUCUCAACCCAAACCUCUUCCCUGGCCCCCCAUGCCCCCCCCUCUCCCAUCUGCAAGCAGCAGGCGGAGGGGCCGGGGGCGACGUUUGAGGCGAUGCACACUCGGCACAUGCACAACCUGUCAGACGCUGUGAAGGCCGCCCUCAUCCGCCAUGUACGUGCUUCCAUCCCCCACCUGCCAUCAUCUCCAUGCCGCCCGCCGCCCGGCUCCAUGCAUGCGCCCACAUGCACCACACCUUACCAAGCCACGCAGCAGGCGACGCUGGGCAACAAGGCUCAGGCGGGCGCCAACGUGGCAAUCAUCCAGCUGACGGUGUGGCUGCCAGCAGUGGUGGACUUUGUCUUCCUCUCCGGCCUCCCCGCUGCCUCCUCCCACCACUCGCCCUCGCAACAAGCUGCCACACGCCUCAACCUCCUCUCAGGCCCUUCAUUGGCGCGACGCAUGGGGGAGGCAGAUGCGGCAGUGGAGCGCCGCAUGGAAGCUUCCUUUCCUGUCGCCCCCGAGCUGGCAGAGAAGAUCCCUGGAGUGGGCGACGCAGUGAAGGCAGCGCUGAGCAACCUCAUCGGGGGCAUGGGGUACUUCUAUGGCCGCUCACGCAUCGCCAUUCCUCCCCAUCUCAAGGACCCCAGCGACCCAGCGGCCUACUGGCAGUACUGGGCGGCGGCACUGUUCACCGCCACGCCCAGCCGCCCCAUGUUCCCGCGGGGCUUCCUCUGGGAUGAGGGCUUUCAUCAGCUCGUGCUCAGGCGGUGGGACGAGGGCAUGGCAAUGGACGCAGUGGGGCACUGGUUGGACCUGCUCAACGCGGAUGGCUGGAUCCCCCGCGAGCAGAUCCUGGGGGAUGAGGCGCGCAGCAAGGUACCGGAGGAGUUCAUACAGCAGCAUGUGAGCAACGGCAACCCGCCCACGCUCUUCCUGCCUCUCACCGGUGUGCAUUCUCACUGCAUCUCACCCUCUCUCUGCUUCUCACUCUUACCCACCGACCACUGGCCCAUCCCCUCUGUGGAUUCUGUUGCUCGGCUGCCGAACGGGUCGUUUGUGCCGAAGGAGGGGGCGGGGGAGGGAGUGGAGGCAGGAGGUGGGGAGGCGGAGGGGUGUGAGCGGGUGUCGUUCCUGCGAGCGUGCCUGCCGCGCCUCAAGGCGUGGUUCCGCUGGUUCAACUCCUCGCAGGCUGGGAAGCUGCCUGGAAGCUACUACUGGCGGGGGCGGGAUGCCAGCACUGUGCGCGAGCUCAACCCCAAGACGUUGCAGUCGGGGCUGGACGACUACCCACGUGCGUCGCACCCGUCGGAGGACGAGCGCCAUGUGGACCUGCGCUGCUGGCUCGCCACCGCUGCUGCUGCCAUCGCCAAGAUAGGCAGCGUGGUUGGGGAGGACGUGCAGGAAUAUGAGGCCACAGCCCAGCAGCUCACGGACUUCACACGCCUCAAUGAGCUGCACUGGGACGGCAGGAGGCAGCGCUACGCCGACUACGGCAACCACACCGACAAGGUGCGGUUGGAGGCGGUGGAGGCGGUGGACCCCGUCACGUACAGCGUGCGACGGGAGCAGCGCCGCGUGGUCAAGGGCUCUCCCACACUGCGAUUCGUGCCACACUUUGGAUACGUCUCACUCUUCCCACUGCUGCUGCGCUUGAUUCCGCCUCACGCGAGUGAGUUGGGGCAGCAGCUGGAGGCGCUGCGCGAGGAGAAGCUGCUCUGGACGCCCUUCGGCCUGCGAUCCCUCGCCACCACCAGCGCGCUGUACAUGCGGCGCAACACGGAGCACGACCCGCCGUACUGGCGGGGGCCCGUGUGGAUCAACAUCAACUACCUUGCACUCUCCGCCCUGCGCUUCUACUCCACCCAGGCAGGGCCACACAGGGGCAGGGCAGCAGAGCUGUACCGGGAGCUGCGCUUCAACCUCGUCAG